AUGACUGUUCUGUCUGUUGCAUUUAUUACAGGCCAGUCAGAGGAGCAGGACAUGAGGCGGUACACGUAUGCUGACUCCAAGCUCGACAGGGAGCUGCUGUCAUGUUAUUUAACGGUCUCCAUCGACCCCCUCCCUCAUGUCGUCAUCGGGGACACGGUGACUCUGAAGUGUAACUUCCAAACAGACGGGAACCUGAGAGAGAUUGUGUGGUUCCGGGUGACUGAAGGAGGCAACGCAAAGCAGAAGAUUUUCACCUACGAUGCCAUGUACAACACCAGCUACUCUCACCUGGAGGACAACAAGAAACGAGAGGACCUGGUCUACAGGUCCACUGUGCGGCUCCCUGAGGUUCAGAUGGAGGACGAUGGCCUGUAUGAGUGUCACGUGGGGAUCUAUGACCGCAGCUCCAGAGACAAAGUGAUCCUGGCCUCUGGGAGCAUCACCCUCACUGUCAUAGUGCCUCCAAAAUCUAUCUCCGUGGUGGCCGCCAACAGCCUGGCUCCUUUCAGCCGCUACGAGGCCCAGAACUUCACUCUGGUCUGCAUUGUUACAGGAGCAAAGCCGGCCCCGGUGGUGUACUUUAAACGGGAUGGUGAGCUCAUCGAGGUGGUUCCACCUGGCCAGUUGUCUUCUUCCUCCUCCUCCUCAAUAGAACAAAAAAAGAAACCAGUAAAGAGCCGAGGCCGGAGCCGAGCGGGACUCCUGAGCUCCCAGAUUCACGUCAGUCGAGAUCUGGACGACACUAAACUCCAGAAGUCUCUGUCCCCGCCUGAAAAAGAGGGGAGGCCUGCUCGGUUAGGACAAGAUGGACCUGAACCGGGCCGGGAACAGGCGUCACAGUCGGGCCCUGAGCCAACCACAGAGGUGAUCCCGGAGACGGUGGUGAGCCGGGAGUUUCCCCGCUGGGUGCAGAGCAGCGACCCGCUGUAUUACUUCCAGCACCGACAGCAGGCGGCAGGCGAUGGUACCAUGGAGGUGAGAGCCAUGCUGACCUGGAGCCUGAACCCUCAGCUGGACAACGAGGCUCUGUUCAGCUGUGAGGUCAACCACCCGGCUCUGUCCAUGCCCAUGCAGGCCGAGGUCACAUUGGCUGCUCCCAGAGGACCCAAGCUGUCCAUGACCCCCGAUAGAGCCAAAGUGGGCGACACAGUUCGGAUCACAGUCCAGGGCUUCCAGCUCGGCCCCUCAGCGAGCGAGGUGUUCCCUGAGCCCAUGUUCACCUGGACCAGGGUCGGAGGUCGUCUGCUGGACGGCAGUGAGACCCAUAAUGGGCGAGAGCUGGUCCUGGACAGAGUUCCCGCUGAGCUCAACGGCUCCAUGUUUCGAUGCACGGCCCAGAAUCCUCUGGGCUCCACGGACACGCACACUCGCCUCAUCGUGUUUGAAAAUCCCAGACUGAAGAAAGGAAAAGAACAUUUUGUUGCCAUCGACGCCGCCAUCAUCCAGCGCUCCCUCACACUGACCUCCAUGCUGCUGCUUCUGAGCUUCACCUUCGAGCUGACGUGACCCGACGUCCCGCCGCUCCUCUACGCACCUCCACCUGAAUCCACCUGAGGAACCUGCUCUUCAACGACUCCCUGACCGUAGCUGAACCUCCGCCUGGCUGGUAGCAGCAGCGCUCAGAGCUGCAGGAACACGAACGAGGCAGCGGGACUUCAAACCUGAGGAGAGGAGAUCCAGCAUCAGGAGGACAGAUGCUUCACAACAUGCCGUCACACUGUGAGACUCUGAUGAUGGGAGACCGGAGCUGCUGUCACUGAGGAAACAAGAAGCUCAUACUGCAUCAUACUGAUGGAGAUCUUUGAUACAGUGUGAGAGAUUUCACAGAUAAAUGUCUGCAGAUCCCGGGAAUAAUGACACUAAAGAAUGGUAGCUGUGGAUGUCAGCUUUAGAUCAUCACCACUGUGCCCGUUAUGGGACUCUGAAGAAGCUAUGAUUGAUAAAAACAUCUCAUCUCUCAUCCUGACUGCUGUUGAACAAAAAAUACUUUAUGAUCUAAAAGUUUGGAGGGCCACAUGACAGUGAUAGAUGGGCUCUUGCUGCCCAUAGGGGCCACUCAGACCAAACACCAGGCAGAGAGCUCUUAUUUCUUUGGAUCUAGUGAACAAGGUUUAAAGGAGAAUGCACAUAUCUUUAAAUCUUGGCCGUACUGUUUUACAUAUUGGGGGUUUAAAUCACUUAAAGAGACUCAAAGUUUGGAGUUAGUGGAUAGACCUUUUGUUAUUUUCCGUAUUCAAACAUUUUUUCCACCUUUAACAUAUCCUCCUGUGCUGUCAAUGAAACGUCUUCACUGUGCUCUGUCAGUGAAUCAAUGACCAUAGGAGGUUUUGACCCUGUAUACACCAGCUCUUAACAGCCUUUCCCAGAACGCUCUCUUAAGGUGUGUACCACUUUAAACUCCUUCUCUCUGACCCUUUCUUCCAAGGUUGUGCAAGCACAGCUACAGCUGUGGGCUUCCUACAUCCAUUCACCAGUGAGAAACACGGAAACGGGCGUAUCCAUCUGCUUUGCAAGGUUACCAAAUGCCAUCCUUUACUGAAAACACCAACUAAUCGUCCAAAAAAUAAAACUAACCAGUGCUCCAUUAACCAGACACCACCUUAAAACUCUCCAUUACAAAUAAAAAUUAAGUUUUACUGUCAUUUGUCCCAUAUUAUACCUCAUAAACUGGUGAUCUCAACUGUAACCUCUUCUAAAAAGUGUCCACUGUGGCUCAUUCAGUACACACCUCCUCUCAGUGACGGCUCAUCCCAUCCAUCCAUCUUCUUCUGCUUAUUUGGGGUUGGGUGGCAGUGGCAGUAGAUGAAUUAAGUCAACCCAGACAUCCCUCUCCCCUGCAGCAUUUACCAGUUCCUCCUGAGGGAUUCCAAGACGCUCCCAGGUCAGAUGGGAUAUAAAAUCCCUCCAGUGGGUGCUGGGUCUGCCUUGGGGUCUCCUUCCAGUUGGAUGUGCCCGGUAGACCUCCACAUAAAGGCGCUCAGGACACAUCCUGAUCAGGUGCCUGAACCACCUCAGCUGGCUCCUUUCAUCGUGAAAGAGCAGUGGCCUCUACUUUGAGAUCCUUCCAGAUGUCUGAACUCCUCACCCUAUCUCUAAGGCUGAGCCCAGACAACCCGUAUCUCGUUCUUUCAGGUAUUACCCAGAGUUCUAACCCUAGGUGAGGGGUGGGACAUAGAUUGACCAGUAAAUGGAAAGCUUUGGUUUUCAGCUCAGCUCCCUCUUCAGCACGAUGGUACAGUGCCUGCAAACCUGCUGACAGGUUUUGGGCACAAGGCUCUUCCUUACAGCUGAAAUUGCAUCUGCUGCUACUAUCUGCUAGGUUAGCCCCAAGCUAGUACUGCAGAGAAGUGAGACAGUUCUCUCACUACCAGCCCAACCAAUCCACGCCUUUCUGCCUGACAUGAGUCUGUGUUGAAUACAGCUUAACUUCAUCUGAGAACUGGUCAUAGGUAGAUUUACCCAUUCAUCUGAGUCCACUUCACCUCUCUGGUCGCUGAAGUAUUUUUUUUCAACCAUUUAUCUCUUGGGAACAGCAGGUUGUUUACUGUGCUUGACAGUUUUAACCCCUUUUUGUGAGUCAUCUCUCCUCCAGCAGUUCUAGUUGAUGAUGCUGAAAACAGAACAAAUUUCAACUGACAUCAGUCAUCCUCCAUGUUUCUCCUUGAUUUCACAUUUAAUCCUGAGUUUCUGUGAGAUCUCAUGUCUGUGGAAUCUCCACUGUGUAAUCUAGAAACAGGUCUGUGGUCUCAUGGCCUGGCUGGGUCAUCUAGGGAGUGCAUUCAGAGGAUUAUGAUGUUAAAACCAGUCAUAUCUGUCCUCAUGUCUGUGGUCUUCCAAGGUUUUAAACCCAGUUAACAUCUGAUAAUGCUCUCUGCUCACCUAAAGCUUCAGAGCAGCUGGUUGGCGUGUUUGCUCGUCAUCUUUGCUCACUCUUCAGAGCCUCCUCAGACCACCUUUGAAAUGUGUUUUCUGAAAUUGCUUUCUCUUUCUUUUUUUGUUGAGUUUCCUUUCUGAGCGUUUCCUUUCUGUUUCUGCUGGACUCUAAAGAAGCAUUGUGCUUCUACGUUGUUGCUUUCUCUGCCUGUG